AUGUGUUNCAUUGACUUUGGAGAGUUGUACGUGCCUACCGUUUCUGUUUCAUGUGUGGGGAUGUUGGCUGCUUUGGCGUGCGAGUUGAACCUCGACUUGUGUCAUUUCGAUGUUGAGCAAGCUUUUGUGCGUUCGGAGUUGGAGGAAGACGUGUACAUGCGUUUGCCGCAGGGAUGUGGAGCUCUAUCUGGAAUGAUUGUAAAACUAGGCAAGAGUCUGUAUGGCUUGAGACAGGCAUCUAGGCAGUGGCAUGCAAUGCUGAAGAGGUGUUUGGUGGCGUUAGGUUUUGAGCAGUGCAUGGCCGAUGCUUGUGUGUUUCGUUUGAUUGAGGAUGGAUGUGUUGUUUUGAUUUUGGUAGUACAUGUCGAUGACAUUUUUGCUGUUGGAGAGAGGGAGAGAUGUGAUAAGUUUGGCGCCGACCUUAACAAGUCCGUGCCAGUGAAGAACCUGGUGACUAAGGAAGCGCGAACAGCGGAGUAUCCCUUGGAUGACUAUCCUCGCUCGAUGUCUGACGUUUUGAAGAGGGUGCGCGUUGUGGAUGGGUGGACAUACCUUGGGAGAGGGAGGAGGCGUCUUUGGCCUUUUCACGGGCGGCGGGCUCGCUGCUUCUGCCCCGCGAUCUCGACCACCACCAGCAUCUCGUCCUCCGGGCGGCUGCCUUUCCCCCUGCUCCGCUUCUCCACCCAUCCCCAGGCCCGCUGACCCUCGCUCUCCUUCUCCUCCUCCAGCGGCCGCCUGCUCUCUCCCGAGGAC